UGACAAGAAGGAAACUAUGAAAUAAACACGUGCAGGACUUCAGCUCGCCAUCAGAUCUGUUACUGACAGGACGACGCCAUGAUUCAUUUCCUCUGAUGAACUGUAAUCUGAGAUUUAUAUGUUUCCACUGCAGCAUCAGAUCUCUUUUGAUGCAUAUUCACAGUUUUUAGACUUGAAACCCGUUCAGAGCUGCAGCUGCUGAGAGAGACACUGAGGAGAGGUGGGUGAGAUGGAGGACGAGUGGAGCUGAGAGGUGUAGAGAGAGAAAGAGAGAAAGAGGAAGGGAGGAUUAGGGUUGGUGCCUGCGGUGGAUGAUGUCAGAGGAAUGCAUGAGCCUCUCCUUUAACAAGCUGGAGCCGCGAGGACCGCCGGCCGCCUCGCUUUCUCACAAACACACUAACUCUUCUCCUGGUUUCUUCUCUCGCUCUCUGUCUGGAUCCUUCACAGACAACAACAGAAUCAGAAAGGAUUUCAAUGAAAACACAUGCAGCAUCACCAUUAAAACCUUGUGGAAUGUGUUUUUUAAUGGUUGAUUUUCAUCUCCGCACUCGGCUCAGCUCAGUCCGGUCCUGCCUGCCAGCAUCCGGUCCUGCAGCUGCAGCCCCGUAGCAGGGAUUACAGAGAUGGAGAUGGAGGAAAGGAAAGUAAAAACAGAAAGAAAGAAAAUGGGCUUGGUAGAGAGAGAGAGAGAGGACAGACGAAUGGAAAGAGAGAGAAAGCGGGUGAUAUAAUGUGUGGGAGCGCCAGACGCUGGGAACAGCUGGAGAGACGAUGACUAAUAUUAGCAGUGAGCCUCGUCCGUCUCUCUACAGUCCAGUCCGUCCACUUGGUGAAGAUGUAGUCUGCUUGAUCUCCAUGGAGAUGUCUCCAAACACAGUCUCCUCUGCCUCGUUGCCAUGGUCACUGUGGUUGCUGUUCUUCCUGGCCCCGGUCACCCGGACAACAAACUCCGCCCCCACACCUGAAACCUCUCUGACGGUCAACUCCACGCUGUUGUUCGACGGUGGCGCUCCAGGCUACAACCUGCGCAACUGCAGCUGCUCUGUGCCCAUCGCGGACUGCGACGAGGCGCUGGCCAACUCGCGCUGCAGAUGUCACACCGUUCUGCGCUCCGCUCUGCCCCCUGCUGGGCUCAGGGAGCCAGGACCGGUCACCGUGUGGGUGAAGGAGCUCUGGAUCCUGGAGGAGCUGCUGAACAGGAGGACGGUCGGCCAUUUGCGGUUGUCCUUUUGCGGAGUAAAACCGAUGGACAGUCAGUAUCUGGCUCUGCUCGGUCUGCGGACCCUCAGGAUCCACAGCGCAGCACCGGAAGCUCCCUACCCCGACCAGGAGAUUACAGUCUCCCCUGCAGCAGGGCUCACAGCGGAGAUAGAAGCCCUCUCCUUUGACUUCUCCUCCUCCUCCCACGUGACCUUCCUGGAUGUCGCCGUGCUGAACGGCCUCUCAGCCCUGAAGGCCUACACUGUGGUGGGACCACCUGCUCACUCCCUCUACAAAGACUUCCCCCACCUGGCUGUGCCUCUUCCUCUGCCGCCCUCUGCUGCACCUGAGGUCCCUGCAGACCCCAGUGAUCCGGCUGCAGAGCCUCCGGAGAACCUGCUCCUCACAUUUAUCUACUGACAACAAGUUCUCAGUGGAGGAACCGCUCAGCAACACAUGGCGCGAUCGCACAGGACACAGCUGGAUGUUGGGUUUUUUUUUUUUUGUUCUCCUUCUGCAAAGGGAAAGUUGCACAUCUGACUUGUUCUCUGUGGGAUAUUUGAACUUCAUGUAUGACUGGCUGCUGUCACUCCGGCCUUGAGCAGCGUUUCAAGAGAGGCUCCUCUCGCUCACCCUGAUGCAUUUUCUUCAAGGAGACAACUGACUUCAGAGCUUUUACUCCUGCUGCUGUGUUUAAAAUAUCUGCAGUCGUACAGCAGACGGACACGAGCUCUGGCAGCGUGCGCACCAGCUGCAAAUUCUUUCAAAGUCUGUCUGCAGGAUAUUUAGUUGUCAAACUAUAACACAAGUCAUGAGGUUUGAAAGCUGUAGUGACAUCAUCCCAGCUCGUGUGCUCAAGUUAGAGGUGACGCUUUACAGAAACAACGUGAACAAACGUUUUCCUCUUGUCAUGGUUAUACACAGGAGAGUGUUUCACAUGCACGUUCACCUUCUGAUUGCAGAUGUUGGUGCAACUUCAGGCGCCUAAGUAUUUAAUUUGUAAUGCACUCUUCAUAAAGUGGUUUAAAGCUGGUGGCUUUGUAAAUGGUUACAUCCUUUAGCAGUGACUUAAAGCUGCUGUAAGCGUUGUUUUCUUGGGGAAAGCUCCCGGCGACAGCUUUAGCUAACAAACUAAAGAAGGAGGAAGAGAGCCACCUCGACGAAAAGAAAGGAGUCGUGCGAGUGUGGUGACGUGGAGAGGAGGGACAGGAAGCUCAACGAUGACGACGCUUACAGCAGCUUUAACGGAUCAUAGGUCACUUUUCCAGAAAGUGAGUCCACAGAGUGUGAACAUGGCUCAGUUUUAAAGCUCUCCAGUUAUCGAGUCAACUUCUAGUCCAGAUAGGAGCCGGUAGUUUUUGCCUGUAACUCUUAUGAAGCACUUAGCGACUCUUUUCUGCAGAUGUGCUCGUAAACACCGCUCUCCCUUUACCUUUGAAACACCAGGUAGCUGGAGGUGGCUUUACGUUGAUUUUUUGUUUUGUUUUGUGUUGAUCACAUCUGUGCACAUCUGGUCUUGAAGCCUCCCUGGCGAGAUCAGAUGACACACGGGCGACUGUGACGAGUGUAACUGAAGCCACGAGCGUCCAGACAGACUGAUCGGCCAUCUGCUAGAACAAUAUCCUGGAUAAACCGCACGCCUGCUCCCAGAGAGCCAUGAGAGGAUCCAGAUCCAGCUGGGUGUCAGCUCCCAUCCAGGUGUUGCCAGAUGUGUCGGGCAGCAGGGAAGAGACCUGGGCCUCUCUGAAUGGCUGCACUUGUUUUGUUUUUAUGAGUUGAUGAAUUACAGGAAGGAAAUUUCGACGAGUUUGAUGAGUCUGAAAAUGAUGGAGUGCAGAUAGUCUCCCCCUCCAACAUGUUAGAAUAGAAAAUAGCUUCAUGCAGCUCGACUGGUUUAAAUCUCCAGAAGCCCCGAGAUCUUGUCGUUAUUUACACCCUAUUUAAAUCAGGUUGGGACCUCGGGGUUUGCAGAGACUUGACUUACACCAGGAGCCAUUCAGUGUUUUCCUCUUUCAUUUUUCAGUUGUUUUGAGUGACCAGAAGUUUUCCAGUGGACACAGAGAAAAGAUCUUUGCUUGUCAAACCUAAAGAUCAAACUCCCUGGAAGGAAAACAGUUAAUCAACCAGGAGUCACCAGCAACAUCAACACUUCUGAGCACUGAGUUUCCAUCUUGGAUCUCAGCUCACGUACAUGCGGAGCAUCAGUCAGACGUGCACAUGAACUGGAACAUGUAGCAGCUGUGGUUGGUCUGCUUGGUAGAAUCGCUUCUCCUCCGGUGUCACUACUGUGACCUGCAGUUUCCCCAGUAAACACACCGCACUGUUCAGCUGUUGUGCUCCCUCCUGAUUGGCUGGCUGCUGUGCUCUUCCUGGGUUAUACGUAACGGAGCCAGCCUUGGUUAACUGAUGGUCACGUAGUCUUUUAGAUGAAGGAUUGUCGUCACGUUUUAAGCUUCUUAUUUACACCCUUCACUACCCUUUUUUUCUUUGCGUAAUGAAAAAGGAUAACUUUUCUUUCUUUGGUGAAAAGGUGAAUGUUCGACAUGGUUGUGGUGAAUUUCAUAAGGACUAGCAGUUAAUUAACCCCAUGUAGGAUCCCAGCAAAGAGAUUCUGGUUUGGUUCUGGGACUGGGAGAGACAGAUUAAGGUUGGUCCCUUUAUUUCCCUCCUCGAUGGUUAAUCCAGACUUUAGUGGGCGAAAGGAUUUGCCACGUCGGAGAACAUCCGGGUUACGUAAUCGUCUCUUUUCACUUGCAUGCGGUUGAGCUGCAACAUGUGGCAGAUCGUGUUCAACACCUACAUGUUGAAAUACUGUCGGACCUCAGUGAACGAGGUGCUGCGGGGAGAGGAGGGAAGCAACAAGGACACAUUCCUGCCUCAGGGAUCAAUAGAGCAUCGUAAAAAAAAAAAGAAAAAACAAGAUGUACUGUGGCAGCUGACUGCAGCGAACACUGGCUGGAACCGAUCCAGAGAAUCCAGAGUCGGGGUCAGCGCCGGCACCAGAGCCGCAUGAUACUGUUGUGUCUGGGAGGGAGACCUGAGCGGCUUUGUGAGGAUAUUUAAGAAGUAAAACUUACAGAAAAAUCUAAAGACAACUUCAAAAAGAUAGAAGAGCUACACGAAAACCAAAAAAAGACAAGGACUGCGUCAGUCCGCUGUGGUAUGAGCUGACAGAGAGGCGCAGUAGGCUCGCUGUUCUGGAGCGGCCCGUUUCCAGCUGGGCUUAUUGACUGCAGAUGGUCUAAUAAAACAAGUUGUUUUGAAACAGGUUAAAAUGGACGAUCUCUCUCUCUCUCUCUCUCUGUCUGUCUCUCUCUCUCACCAGCCAACAGCUCUCUCUCUGUUUGGAUCAGAACAAUGACUCCGACUCUCUUUAACGAGCUGGAUGAGUUCUGAACCCGCUCAAAGCCAAGUUGGCAGCGCCCAGAGUGAGGGAAGCUUUUUUUCUCAGAACCGUGAUGGACGUGAUUCAGUCGCUCUGCAGCUGUUUGUGAAGAAAAAAACACGUCAUUAUGAGGUGCUUGAUUGUUUUUGUGUGUGUGUGUGUGUGUGUGUGUGUGUGUGUGUGUGUUUCUGGAUAUUUUUUUACCAAACGAGUAAAGAGCGAGCGAGUUCAGAACGGCUCUACUUUCUCUCUCUCUGCUUCCAGCUCAUAUCCUGUGAGAGACUUUGUUAAAGCUGCUCGCACAAACACGAUCCGGAGCCAACACUUCUGUUCCACUGAUCAUUCAGGACUGUUCUGGGUCUGUGUGUGAGAGUGUGUGUGUGCAUGGGUGUGUCUGAGUGUGUGUGUGUGUGUGUGUGUGUGUGUGUGUGGUUGCAUUCAUCUCCUUUUCGCCGUCGCAGCAGAUUUGUCGCUUUGUGAUCUCAGUUUGUUUGGAUCAGACGGUCGGAGAUCUGGGAUCCACAGUCGCACAGCGUUGUGUGCAACACGUGUUGUAUAUGUUUCACUUCUGCAUGGAUUGUGUGCAAGUAAACAGUGUCAGAGAAACAAAACUGCUGCAAAAACUGUUGAGUUACUGUGUAGUAAUUCUCCAGAAAUCCUAAGUUUGCGGCCUUGUAAUAAAACUCUCAUCAAACUCAUCAAAAGGUCCAGAGAAAAACAUCGACGAUGAGCUAUUUCUUAAUUUAUCCACAGGCUUUUCUAACAGGUUCAUAACUCCAAACGGUUUGAAACAGAGCCGAGUUCACACACUUGCAGGAUUUCUUUGGUGAGCUAACGUUAGCUGUGAUCGCUGACAUUAGCCACUGUUAGCUACCACCACUUUAACCUGCUAAUUAUCUGCAAUUAACUGCGUUGUUCGCUGGAUUUGCCUUUCUGUUUUUCCGGGUGUAAUCAUGGAAGCUGGUCACUUGGUAGCUUUCUCGUUAGAGCACAGAUAACGUCGUCCUAAAGGCCGCAAAUCAGACAGGAAGUGGUAACUGAAAACCAGAAAACCAGCUACCAGCAAACUACAGAAAUUGCCUUCAAUGAAAUAUUUUGUUUUGUUGUUUUUGUUUUUUUUUACUUUUUCAGUGCCGAAUGUAUUUAUAAAGGUUUUCUCACACAAGCAUUUCAGUUCUGAUGUGACCCUCCAAGUUCACGCUUUGUUUACUGUCACGGCUCGAGUCUCAUUGUUUUCUGUUCCUGCACAGAGGAACAUUAGAUUAUACUUUGUAAAUCACCAGUAUGCCACAUUGCAAAACUCCUGAGACUUGAAAUUAACCACCAGACCACAAAGUCUUACGUAAAAGUAAAAGUUGGUCCUCCUCUAGCGGCCGCCAGCGUGCCGCUGAUGUUCUGCUUUCUUUAGCGUGAUUUAUUCUGCGUCCUGGCACUGAAUGCACUUUUUCUGACUGUGUGUCUUAACACUUGGAUAUGGAAACAAGAUGGUGCCUGUAACGUCUGAGCUGCGGCUCUUUGUCGGCUGAAUGGAAACACAUUUCAUUAUGCAACAGGCUUUAAUUUAACGUUCUGUGUCGCAGCUCUGAGGUUUCAACCAGAGCACGGCGAGUCCGUUCAGUCCGUUUGUCUCAAAGAGCUGAAAAUCUUCUGCACACCUUGUUUUUUUGGGGGUGUUUUGCCUCUCAGCCAGCAGUCACACCCAGUACGCUCCGCUCCGCUCAGCACCGGGCCGGACUGGGAGCUCGUUCACCCGUAAAACGCUGGUGGAAACUUACCGAGCGUCUUGUGCAGCCAGAAAUUAGUCACUCCCAUCUGGUGAACGGGGCGAUUACGCACCUCCACAAGCCACCUUUUAAUGGUUUUCAGACAGGAUGUUUAGAGCGGGCCGUGAGACUCUGUGCUAACGCUCCCCGUCAGAGCUCAUCACACGGUCUUAAAACGUCUGGAACAUUCUACCACAAAAUGGGUGAAAAUGAGAUCAUCGGGGUUUUUGGGUUUGACAUCACCCCUCUUCCUUUUUCUUCUUCUUCUUCUUCCCUUCUUCUCUCUUGAUCUUUGGUACGGCACCUUAAGUAUUUGCAUCAGGGAAUGUAAUUAUUCAAAUGUAAAAUAAGAUUGUGUGUAAUCCACGGCGGUGCGCUUCAAAGAUGACUUUAAAACAUGUUUUACAACCUCUGACGUGUUGUGCGACUCGCGGCUGACUCGUGUGCUGUUUCAGGAACAGAUUGUGUAUUUGGGAAACGGCUUGGAAGGUUUGAUUUGUAUAUAAUUUGGCUUUUUAAAGCAAAAUUCCUGGAGCUUAUUUGUUUAUAAUGACCAGACGACGUGGAUUAAUUCUUCUGUCCACAAACUUUGUUCCUCUGUAUAGUCUGAGAUAAUAAAAACGUUUUUACAGAG